AUGACCCAUAACCGUGUUGUAAUUAUCGGCUCGGGCCCUGCUGCCCACACUGCUGCCGUGUAUCUUGCUCGUGCUGAAAUGAAACCUGUUUUAUAUGAAGGUAUGCUUGCCAACGGUGUUGCUGCUGGUGGCCAACUGACCACUACUACUGAUAUCGAGAACUUCCCUGGUUUCCCCAGUGGCAUUGGUGGUACUGAACUCAUGGAGAACAUGAGAAAACAGUCUGAACGUUUCGGUACUGAAAUCAUUACUGAAACCGUUGCUAAACUUGACUUGUCUGAACGUCCUUUCAAGUUCUGGACCGAAUACAACGAAGAUGCCGAGCCCCAUACUGCUGAUGCUAUUAUUCUUGCUACUGGAGCUUCUGCUAAGCGUCUGCACUUGCCUGGUGAGGAGACUUACUGGCAACAAGGUAUCUCUGCCUGUGCUGUAUGUGAUGGAGCUGUUCCUAUUUUCAGAAAUAAGCCUUUAGUUGUUAUUGGUGGAGGUGACUCUGCUGCUGAAGAGGCUCUUUUCCUCACCAAGUACGGAUCCAAGGUCACUGUUCUGGUCCGUAAGGACCAUUUGCGUGCAUCUGCUGUCAUGGCCAAGAGACUGGCUUCUCACCCCAAGGUCGAGAUUCUUUACAACACAGUUUCUGUCGAGGCCAAGGGCAGUGGUAAGCUGUUGACCCACCUCACCACCAAGAACGUUGUUACUGGUGAGACCAAAGACAUCGAAGCCAACGGUCUUUUCUACGCCAUUGGCCACGUCCCUGCUACUGCCAUCGUCAAGGGCCAAGUCGAGACCGACGAAGACGGAUACGUCAAGACCGUUCCCGGCACCUCGCUGACCUCUGUCAAGGGUCUCUUCGCUGCCGGUGACGUCCAAGACAAGAGAUACAGACAAGCCAUCACCUCUGCCGGCUCCGGCUGUAUGGCCGCCCUCGACGCCGAGAAGCUCCUCUCGGAAGAAGAGUAA